CUAUUAAAGAGGUAGACUUUUACUUUGUACGAUGAAUACAUUUUACCUGUCCUCAUACUUUGCAUACUAUUGUAAAGGUGUUAUUUACUUUAGGUACCUCAUAAGGUUACCAAUAGGUACCUGCCAUAUCCGUUUAUUCAAGGAGGGGUUACCUUAGGUACCUAGGUAUCUGAUGUAUUGGAAAUCUUCGAAUGAGGGGCUACCAUUAAGUAAUGAUCUCAAGUACCCAGGUACCUAACUCACAAAGUGCAUGUAACCUCUUGCAAGGGUAUUCAUAUUCAGUAUAAGUCAACACCUCCAUGUAGAUUUCAUAUCUACCUCUAAUUAAGUUAAAUCAAUACAAUUAAUACAACAAUCUCUUCAACCUCUCAACCCCUCCAACCCCCCUUAAACCACCUUAUAGUACUCCACCCCCCCUAUCAUGGCAACUAUCGCAAAGACAAUCGUGGCCACCGGUGCCACUUCGGGCUUGGGGUUUGAGCUAGUCAAGCAACUUCUUGCGCAAACACAGCCGUACAAAUUCAUCCUUGGAGCCAGAGACACAAAAACGGCUCAGGCCGCCUUCGAUAAGCUCAACUAUGACAGCAGCAAGCAUAGCUUAACCCUCUUUCCUUUAGAGUUAUCCAAUCUCAAGACCGUCAAGGCUUUCUCGCAGCAGGUCUUGGAUAAACUCGGACAGGACAAGAUCGACUACCUUCUGCUCAACGCAGCAAUAGGCAAAAAUGCCGAACAGCCUGGCCCUUUUGGAUCUAAAUGGAGCGAGCCAUAUAUUGUAAACCAUCUUUCUCAGCAUUACCUUGUCCAUCUACUUCGAGAGAAGUUGGAAGCAUCGCAGUCGCGCAUCGUAGUCGUCUCUUCCGGCGCUGUUCGUCUCGUGGAUGACCCUAAAUACCUCGAGGAUGACCUCAAGGGCGGCUCGAAGACGGAACGUAGUGUAUACCCUGCCACCAAGUUCGUCCAGCUGCUCGGAGCGCACUGGUGGCGCCGUCAGCUCAAGGGCAAAUGCACAGUCGUUGCCGUCUCUCCUGGCCUCAUUCCUCAUACCAACCUCUCAAGAAACAGCGACCAGUUCCAACUGCAUGCGAACCAUCCGGAUGCAAAGACCGUCCCAGAAGGGGCUCAAAGCAUUUACCGCGCAUUCGUAAGAGAUGAUCUCCCCGAGGACCCUGACCAAAUCUUCUUGACAAGCUGGGGCGAAUGGUGGCCUAAAGAUGUCUACGGACUUAGUCUUGAUAAGACCCUUCAGGACAAGUGGUCUCCUAGUAAAGACGAAAUUGAGAGGGAAGAAGGUUUGACAGCUUGAGUCGACUGUAAUUAAGAGCGAAAGAGUUGUUUCCUUGUUUUGAGUUAUGCAACACCACAUUGUAGCAUAGAGCUUUAAGUGGCCAUGGAUUAGAUAACGUACUAAAGGGAUGGCAUUAUAAUAUAUUGCCUUGGUCUUUCAGAUGCUCGAACUUGCGUUCUAUUAUAUUCUCUAUACCAUAGGUAGAUAUGACACUGCUGUUGUGCUCUGAAUACGGAAAUAAGAGGUAUAGGGGUAUGGAAAAUAUGGGACAGAGAAUUAAUCGUUAGCGCGAAGGGACCAGAAGCCAUCUACGGCUCUAUACUAUCCCGCAG